CGGGGGCCGAGUGCGGGCCGCGAUGGGCCGGGAGCCGUGAGCGGGCGGGGAUGGCGGGGGCCCGGGGCUGCCCCCAGGCGGGCUCCGGGGAGCGGGCUCUGGCCGAGCUGCUGCUCGAGUUCUCCCGGGCGCAGUAUCGGGCCAAGGACGGGGGCGGCGGCGGCGGCGGGGCCGGGAGCAGCGCGAAGGUGGAGAGGAUUGAGAAGCGCUGCCUGGAGCUGUUUGGCAGGGACUAUUGCUACAGCCUGAUCCAGAAUGUGAACGGGGAAAUUUGUGGCCACUAUCCCCGGCAGAUCGUCUUCCUAGAGUACGAGAGCACUGACAGGGACCGGAACAUGUUUGAGAGCACUGUGCAGGUCAGCAAACUGCAGGACCUCAUCAGCCGCAGUAAGAUGGCCAGAUGUAGAGGACGAUUUGUCUGCCCAGUCAUUCUGUACAAGGGAAAGCAUGUUUGUAGGUCAGCGACCCUGGCUGGAUGGGGAGAACUGUAUGGACGUACUGGGUACAACUACAUUUUCUCAGGGGGCUCGGAUGAUCCUUGGGCUGAUACCGAAGACCUUUCAGAAGAAGACUCUGCGCUCAGAAAUGCAGACUCCCAGCUGUUUGACAAGGUCAGAGGACAUGACAUCAAGCUGCUUCGAUACCUGUCUGUCAGAUAUAUCUGUGACCUGAUGGUGGAGAACAAGAAAGUGAAGUUUGGCUUAAAUGUGACGUCUUCCGAGAAAGUGGACAAAGCUCAGCGCUAUGCCGAUUUUACCCUCCUCUCCAUCCCAUAUCCAGGCUGUGAAUUUUUUAAGGAGUACAAAGACCGGGAUUACAGAGCUGAGGGUCUCAUAUUUAACUGGAAGCAGGAUUACGUAGAUGCUCCAUUAAGUAUCCCAGUGUCUCUGACCCGGUCUUUGAACAUUGACUGGCGCGAGUACCAGAGCUGGGACCUGGUGCAACAGACACAGAACUACCUGAAGCUGCUGAUCUCACUCAUCAAUGGGGACGAUGACAGCGGGCUCCUGGUACACUGUAUAUCCGGCUGGGACCGAACCCCUCUCUUCGUCGCCCUCCUGCGCCUCUCCUUGUGGGCUGAUGGGCUUAUCCAUGCCUCACUGGAGCCUGCGGAGAUUCUUUACCUGACAGUGGCCUAUGACUGGUUCCUUUUUGGGCACAUGUUGGUUGAUCGGCUCAGUAAAGGAGAAGAGAUUUUCUUUUUCUGCUUCAAUUUUCUGAAGCACAUCACCUCUGAGGAGUUCUCUGCUGUGACGCUGCAGAGGAGGAAGAGCCUGCUGCCUGGCUUCACUGUGGAAGAGAUCUGCAUGCUCAAGCAGAGGGAUCGGGGCAGCACCACAAGCCUGAGCAGUGACUUCUCCCUAGUGCUGGAGAGUUCACCAGGAGCAUCUGGGAGCUUCACCUCUGAGGUGGUGGAGCUGAUGCCAGCUGGCGCGCAGACCCAGGCCGCUUGGAGGAAGAGCCGCACGUCCUCUCCCCAAACAGUGCUCUGGAGCCGGACCCCACAGUCUGAAGACAGACUGCCUUACCAGGAAGCAAAGUCCUCUAGCUCCUCCUCCUCAAACCAUUCGGACACCUUCCUGAGGGUCGGAAGCAGCCCACUGGAGGUCCCGAAACCCAGAUCAGUGGACCACUCCCUGCCUGGAUCCUCCGUUUCUACAGACUUUGGCAGCUGGCAGAUGGUAACAGGGUGUGGCAGUAUUCAGGAGCAUGCAAUCCUGAGCACAGACGCCGCUCUCCCUGGCAGCUUCCCGGAUGAGCUCCCUAACAGUGGCCUGCUGGUGCCAGUGGCAGGCCGAGAGUCCCGGCUGGAGGAAGUGCGCUCUGCUUUCCUAGCCACCUACAGCAGCACCAUUGGCCUGAAGGCUGUGCCAUCCAGCCCCGCCGGAGCCCUUGGGGGCCUGCUGGAGCAGUUUGCACGGGGCGUUGGACUGAGAGGAAGCAGUAGCACCCUCUGAACAUGUUGUACACUUGGACUGGCUCCUAGGUGUGUCCAGCAGCAGAAGGAACCUGAAAGACAUGCAAGUGGCAGAGCUGCCCCUUGGGCCUGUCCUGCCGCCUGCACCAGGGGCUCUGCCCCGGCCAGCCCUGACUGGUUGUGACAGCCCUUUUCAGUAAAGGCAUCUGCACCCCU